CUCUGACCCCGUCCCUAGGUGCGGGCUAGUGGAGACAUCAAGGACGCCUGUCAUUUUGACGGGUCAGCAGCCGCAGGCACGCGCUCCCGCGGGCACUUUCAGGCUACCCUCUAACCUGCCCGGCCAGGGAGAACAAAUCUGCUUGCUUUUCUUUUUUUGGACCGACGAGCCAAGGCAGGUCACGCUCCGAGAGGCGAAGGGGAGAAGGAAGAGGUGGCUGCCUCUGGUUGAUAAAAUUUACGCUACUGAGAGGCAACGGCGACCAAGUUGCGUGGAGCCGAUCGGAGGGAGAUCGCCCUCAGCCUCAUUUCUUCCGCUCUGGAAGGAACGUACAGAUCACCAUGGGGAAUCAAGUUCGAAAACAGGAUCAAAUUACUGAGAAGGUAAAGAAUACUGACACAAAUGCUCAGGAGGCUGAAAAUAAGGAUAGCUCCAAAGCAAUCCAGUUAACCCAGGAGCCUUCAGAAGACAAUGACGUUUUUGGAGAGGCAGAUGUGAACCAGAACAAUGGGACCUCCACUAAGAGCAGAGCGGUGACAGACUCCAAGGGCACAGCAGAUCCAAAGAAUGCCUGGAAGGAAGCCAACCCAGCUGACACAACUGGUCGCCCCCAUUUGGUCCGCCUCUUUUCCCGAGAUGCCCCAGGCAGAGAAGACAACACCUUCAAAGAUCGGCCCUCUGAAUCAGAUGAGCUGCAGACCAUUCAGGAAGACACUGCAGCAGCUUCUGAGAAUUCGGAUUUGAUGGCUUCACAGAAACGCUCAUCUUUCCGGCAUGGUUCCAAACUUGCCACUGCAAGUACCAUAGACCAUGCUAGACAUGGAUCUCCACGAAGAUACAGGGAACCAAGUCUACUUGAUUCAUUGGGCCGAUUCUUUGGCGGUGACAAGCAUUAUCCGAGGCGGGGCAAGGACUAUCACCAUGCCGCCAGAGUUAGCCAUGUAAGUUCCCUGCCUCAUCCAAGGUCUCAGCAUGGACGAUAUGUGGAUGACAACCCGGUAGUCCACUUCUUCAAGAACAUUGUGUCACCCAGAACAACUCCUCCCCUUCAGGCAAAAGGGAGAGGAUUAUCCUUCAGCAGAUUUAGCUGGGGUGGUGAAACUCACAAACCUGGAUAUGGCAGUGGCAAAUUCUAUGAGCAUAAAUAUGCUCACAAGGGGCAUAAAGGAUACCACCAUGAUGGCCAGGGCACACUGUCUAAAUUGUUUAAACUGGGAAGCUCUGGUUCCAGACCUGGUUCCCGGUCUGGCUCUCCUGUUGCUCGGCGCUGAAACUCUGAAGAUGUCACUGAAGGGCUACAGUCUCUGCUUCAUAACAUAGCUGUCCAAAAGAUUAAUAACCAAUUGCAGAAUUCCUUAGAUAAAAACCACAAUCUAUUUGUUAAUGUCAGUUGAGUUAUGCAUGCAGUAGGAAUAUACAAAACUAUAUUGGCAAAUGCUGACCAAAGGUUGAAAAGCCAACAACAGCAACAACAAAAGCCUCCCAAACUUGCAAGGUAGCUUGUUGUCAGCAUUAUUUAGGAAACAUAACAACAUUCCCCAUCUUAUUCCUUCUUCUUCAAGGUGCUUCCCAAGAAAUAUAAGGCUUUAAUUUUCAGGAACAUACAACAUUAAUUCCCUUUCAGAUUUCUUUUUCACUAAACUUUAAUCACAGAAAAUAUAACACCAUUUAAAUUAAUGCAGUCAUUAAUGAAUCUUUGAGAUCUUUGCUGUAAACAAACAACAAUAAUAAAAAUGUGCAGAAUGUUGUAAGGGCUGUUUAUCCAAUGUUUUGAUUUGGCUUUGAUUUGUUGUUAUUAUUUGCCCUUUUUCUGUAUCCCUUUUCUCUCAGACUUUUUGUUUUUCUUUUCCUAACUGGAUCAGGCAGUCAUGGAAAGGCAUAUUACACGGGGAGUACAAGGUAUGUUGCAAUGUGGAAGAAGGCAGCAGUGAAUGUUUCAGUGUGUUCAAGUAAUGGUCAUGAAGAACAAUUAUACAACCUGUAAGCAACUUCUGGUGCAUAACCAAUUGCUUGUCACUGCCAACAUAUUGAGAAAUAAGAGUGCUUGGGAGAGAGAAAUGAAGCUAUCAAACUUGAAUUAGAGUAGUUUAACAACGGUAAAAAUAAGGGAUAAUCCCAGAGAACAAAAAUCUAGACUUAGAUAUGUGAAGAGUGGUGCUCGCUGCAAAGUAAAUUUUUUUGCAGCGAAUUGUUUUUAAAACGUCUAAUGUGUCAAUUCCAGAAAGCCCUUUGGUGAUGAAGUUUCAGAUUGCAACUG